UCUUGGUUCAGUUUAGCCUUUACGAAUAGACUUGAAUUAUUGAGAACUGUAGCAGAGGGUCCAAAGCCCCUGUAAAGGAGGAUGGUUGCAACAGCUCUUAACCAUGGCUGUUGCGUAAAAUCCAAUGGUUAAAACCCCUAAGCUAAGGUGUAAUGCGACCCGUGCCGAUGGAUGACGUGGUGGGGGGGGUUUAAGAAAUACCCAGCCUCUAACGGAGCCUGUGGAGUACCAGGGCACCCUUCACAGUAAUUAGCCCUUACUGCAUCACGCGGGUCACUGAUGCAGCGGACUCUUCUUUACCCAGCGACUCGUGGGAAUUUUAUGAACGACAAAACUUCACAAAAUUCGGCCACCGGCAGCCUUUCUUUGCCGGAACCCAUGGACUCAUCGGAGCGUAGUCCAAUAAAAACAAACGCACCGGGCAGAACGGAGGAGAUGGAGCAUGAGGAUGAUUUCAACCUCGACAGCGAAUCGCUGGACGGAGGACCCUCGGCUUCAUCCUUAAUCCUACUUUCUCCACAAGGGAAUGACGAAAGUCAAAUGGACUUAGUUCCCGGUCCACAGACAAGGCCCGAUGACGAAGGGAAACCCGAAUCAUCGGCACCCCUUGUCAAGCGACUUUCAAAUGCGCAAAGGCGGCGACUGAGCAAAAAUCUUCGCUCCGGUCUCUCGUACGAAGAAGCCAGGAAGCUGGCCCUCCUUCCAACAGAGCAGCCUGCUCAAUCGAACCAAGUUGCCGUCAAGCGACAGCGGUCGGACGACUUGGUGUCACCAAACACCAGUACUAAGUGUCCACAGCCUAAAAAACUGCGGAACGGCACUGGUUUGGGGUCAUCGGGUUCGAAGCCGCUCCCGAAGGCCACAUAUAGGGACAUGGUGGGAGCUAUAAGCCUUGCGGUUACUUCUGCUACCCACCCCAGCUCCCUACUCACAACGGACCAGCUUCAGGCUGUCCGGACCUCCAUCCUCGAUCACAUUGCGAACCAGGAAAAUCCAACCACCAAGCCCAAGUUUAACGGUUGCCAUCUAAAAAAUGGCUUCCUGCAACUUGCCUGUGCCGACAACGACACAGUGCAGUGGUUGGAAAGGGAGGUACCUUCUCUCGUACCAUGGGAGGGAGCACAACUUCGUGUAUACCACAUGAAGGAUCUGCCGAAGGCCAGACGGUAUGUCGGUUACUUCGCGGACAGUGCGAACUCUCCGGACGAGAAGAUUCUUCGUUCACUCCAGAAUCAGAACGACCAUCUCUCUACCAAAAUGUGGCGAGUCUGUAACCGCAAAUUGGUAAAGACCUUGGUCGAACUAGUUCUGGAUAUUGACGAAGAAUCGGCCAAACUCGUUGAGAGUAGAAAUUAUGAACUGCACUACGGUUUCGGCAAAGCACGCAUCCGAAAGGUAAGCGGAAGGCCGAACGUCACAGGCGGGAAAGACUCCGUCGCAAUGUCAGGGAAGGUACGUGCGGGUAACUCCUCCGGGAGUACUCUGCCACCACCCAGGCAAAACGAUCCUGCGAAUGGGCUAAAGGUUCGCGUGGGAAACUCCUCCGGGAGUGCCCCACAACCACCCAAACGCAACCCUGCGAUUGGGAAGGUACGCGCAGGAUGCUCCCCCGUGAGUGCCCUGUCACCACCCAAAAAACGCAACCCCGCGGCUGCUCGGACGGUUCCGCCGAAGACUCGCAAGAGUGUGAAGCAUCAACCACCGAAAAGUCGCACCCCCCGGAGUCAAAAACCACCACAGUGUGCGCGACGACCUUCUGUUGCCAAUCGACUGCUGCAACCGAAGCCGAACAGUGAGGAAGAGCAACUUCCAUCAACCAGCCAAACCGCUGUUGGCAGCCGUCAGCCAAUACCAGGAUCAUCUUCCGAUCCGGACAAAGACGGCAACUUCACUGCAAAGUGAGCAGCCUUCGCUGCGUGCAAGCGAAUCUCCAUCACGCAAAAGGCGCCUCGGGUGUUCUUUGCAGGAGAUUCGCCAAAGAGCAGCUAGCGGCUGCUUUCAUCCAGGAGCCGUGGAUCAACGAAUCCAAAGUUCUCGGACUUAACGCUCCUAACGAAUUUAUCCAACGCGACGUCGUUGCCGUCACGGUUGAAGUACCGACAACCAGAGGAAAGCAGGAAAUGGUUGUCGCGUCGGCCUACUUCCCGGGCGACCAAGGUGAUAUACCGCCACCCGAAGUUGCUGCGCUCGUGCGGUACUGCAAGGCCAUCAACAAGCCGUUUCUGAUCGGCUGCGAUGCCAACGCUCACCACACGAUCUGGGGCAGCUCGGACACCAACACCAGGGGUGAGUACCUACUUGAAUACCUUACUUCUAACGAUGUCAAUGUAUGUAAUGUAGGGAAUAACCCCACGUUUAUCAACGCUAUUAGACAGGAGGUCCUUGAUCUCACUCUGUGUAGCGCCUCUAUUUCUGAAAGGAUUAAAAAUUGGCAUGUCUCCGAUGAAACUAGUUUGUCGGACCACAGACACAUCGUUUUUAAUAUAGAGGCUAACCCUCUGAAAAGAGAGCUGUUCAGAAAUCCUAAGAAUACAGAUUGGGAAUCCUUUAAGGAACGCCUGAUCGAUUCACGAACUUUCAGUUACAGCAACAUUCGAAAUUCUGUUGACCUGAAUUCGGCAGCAAAUGAUCUACAAAACAGAAUCAUGGAUGCUUUCGACGCUAACUGUCCACUAACACAGCGGUCAGUAUGCCGUGACGUACCCUGGUGGAAUGAUCAACUUAGUGACCUUCGUCGGGAAACUAGGCGGUUGUUCAACAGGGCAAAAGUCACGUCUAACUGGGACGACUACAGGGCGUCCCUCACUAAAUACAACG